GUGCAGGCUGUGGCAGCAUCAGCAGCGUGCGUGCCAGUCUGCAACGAUGCAGUAGGCUAUCCCAAACCUCAAGUCCUGUUGUUCCGUCGUAAACCCAACUCAGGACAAUUUCCCAGAACCCAGAAGUGUAACCCUGUAACUAGCCUAUCCGAGCCACCUCGUUACGCAGUGAUUCAGAACAUCGUUUUAAGAUGAUGCGUGUUUAAAAAAACGGAAUCAGUGCGUCUUGUAGGCUAAACAUUUUAAUCAGUUCCCACCCGUCCCACUUCCCCUCACAUAAUUCAAGGGACAAAUAAGAGUGCUUUUGUCGUAACCAAAAAAGUGGGCUGUUCAGGCGUUUUUCCUACGUAGUUUCGGCCACCUCUCCAUCUCAGACUCUUUCUCUUACCUCCUUCGCUGGCGGACGGAGCGUAGCCUACUAGUAUUCUGCACCUUUCUAUUCCGAUGAGUGUUUAACUAAAUUUUCAGUGACAUAAUUGCUCCAAUUUAAGGUACUGGGUUAAUCUACUGGGAACGUCUACCUGCAGAAGAUUCGUCAACGGAAAUACGUCCAAGAGAGAUUUUACGGACUUCCAAGAUACCGAUCAGAAAUGUUCCCGUCUCGACUGCUGGGAGCCAUCUGUCUACUCAUCGCCCAGUUCUCCAGCAUUGGCAGGACCGCCUCAGAUGAUGCAAGGCUACUACAGGUGACCAUCCCCAAAUCGCCACCAGCCGCUGCCAUUUUGGGUGGAUUCGUUGUGCUCCCCUGUCAUGUGUCCCUGUCGCAGUCACCCCCGACGGUCUCCACGGUGGGUCGUCAUGCCGUCCUCACCCUUCCGCGGGUCAAGUGGAGUGUUCUGUCCGCGGAGAAGGAGACUGAGAUCUUGGUUGCCCGCGGCGACCGGGUGAAGGUGAGCGAGGCCUACAAGAGCCGGGCUUCACUGCCGAACUACGCCACGUCCCCGGCUGACCUCACCCUGGAACUGGACGAGCUGCGACACAACGACACGGGAUUCUAUCGCUGCGAGGUUCAACAGGGCCUGGAGGACGCCCAUGACCUCGUCCAGAUCAAAGUCAAAGGGGUCGUGUUUCACUAUCGACAUCCAUCCAGCCGCUACGCCUUUUCCUUUGAUCAGGCACAGGACGCCUGUGAGGACAUCGGGGCCCAGAUCGCCACCCCUGAGCAGCUCUUGGCUGCCUACAACAGUGGAUAUGAGCAGUGUGACGCAGGCUGGUUGUCUGAUGGCUCAGUCAGAUAUCCCAUUCAGAUGCCACGGGAGGGUUGCUUUGGGGACAUGGAUGGAAUGCCGGGAGUCAGGAAUUAUGGAAUGCUCGACCCAGAUGAGCUCUAUGAUGUGUACUGCUACGUUGAGAACAUUCAAGGGGAGGUUUUCCACUCUGCCACACCCCAGCAGUUGACUUUGGCAGAUGCCAAGGCUUAUUGUGAAAGGCAAGGGGCAGAGUUAGCCACCACUGGCCAACUCUACGCCGCCUGGAACGAUGGCCUGAACCACUGCAGUCCCGGAUGGCUGGCGGACGGCAGUGUCCGCUACCCGAUUGUGACGCCCCGGGAACGCUGUGGUGGGCCCGACCCUGGAGUCAAGACUGUGUACCGCUACAGCAACCAAACUGGAUUCCCAGAGUCUCACAUGCUUCACGACGUUUACUGCUUCAGAGGCAAUAAGGGCGCUCAGACAGAAAGCCCAAUGGAGUACAUGGCCACCGAGCCAGAGAAUCAGGGCCAAGGCAUCGUCACCCUCUCUGACCCCCUGGAGGAAUUCAGCUUGGGUCAAGUGACGGAGCCAGUGGAGAAUGAGGCCCAGGGUGCUGUUGAGUCCUUUCCUUUUCUCAGCAAACAGUUCCCGGGAUUAGGAAGGGUGAUAGAGCCUCCUGCCACCAAAAUGCCCCUUCAGGAGGGUACUCUGGCUGGAGACCCGUUCAGCCCCACAACUCCGGCGCCCAUCAACAUGGACACUUUCUCCACGCAUGACCCAUGGCAAGAGGUGCACGUGCUCACCAAUCCUGUUGAUUUCGAAUCAGUGCCAGAAAUUUACCGGGAGACCAGCGACCCUGCCCGAGCAGGAGGUGACUCCCAGGAGAACGACACGUACGAUCAUUCCUCUCCAAAAACAAAUCAAACUCCGCUGUAUCUGCCAACUGAACAAGAUGAACAUGGUUCUACUCCCCAACAUUACCAGCCAACGCCUGAAACCAGCUCAGGAAAUGAAGAAUCCUCAGUGCUUUUCAACACAGGGGGCACAAGUGUACCAGAAACAACCAUAAGGCCUUUAGUAUCAACACUGGUGUAUGAGGUGUCAGAAGAGGCCAAGGGUGGUUAUCAGACCACGCCAGAGACCAACCUGGGAUCAGCUGGCCCAUCGGAAUAUUGGGACGAUAAUAUUAAAAUCCAUGAGGGUUCUGUGGCCAGUCAUGAAAUGACAGAGUCCACCAAUGUAACGCAGGUCAAUCCCACCCAGGAAUAUGACACCUUAGAAGCAGUGACCUUUGAGGACAUGAUGACACGACCCCUGGAGGACCUCACUGAUUCAACCCUUCUGGAGAACAACACAGAGCUUCCAUCCACCGACCCAACCCAAUCUCACGACCUGUCUGAAACGGAAGAUACGGAUCAAACCGAGGCACCGGCGCUCACGAGUGGCGCUCACACGGAUGUUUCUGUUCACGAGGAACAGGACCAAGUCCAAACUGCCCCACCAACCCAGCCUUCCCUCGUGGACGCCACCACGCUCCCUGCCCCCACAGAGGGAUCUGGGGAUGAAGAUGUGGAGGUGAUGGUGCCCAAGUUCUUUUUCACAGGAGAUGCUGAGGAGGCAGAGGUGGAGGAGAACGGCACGGCUGCCUCAGUGGAGUCGGCAGAGCUGGUCACCCUGACCCCAGACGAUUACACAGACCACAUAUCUCCUGACCACAUCCGGGUGACAACAACAGGCUUUGAUCAGGAGCGGUCUAGUACACCAUCUCCGUAUUCCCCCACCACUGUAGACAUGGUGGAGCAGAAGGCAGGUGCGACAUCAGAAGAGUCAGUUUUGUUCCCAACUGAUCAUGAUGGAGAGCAUGAUUAUAGCCAGAUGCCUACCAUAGCGGGCGGGACAGAGGGAGGUUCCGGCGAAGGCUCGGGGGCUCGUGGUGAUGAUGACGUCAUUUCAGUUACCCUGUUGACCUCCCCUGUGCCCUACACGCUUGCCACUCCGUUGGACACACGGCAGAUGGUGGAGGUUGCAUCGGGCACUCCGCGUAACCUGGACGUCUUCAUACCGGAGAGAACCACCCUGUCUGCCUUGGGAGUGUCCCUGGAGGACCUAGAGAGGGUGGAGCAGGAGGGCUUGGGGGAAACCCCUGACGUUCUGUACACCACAACCGCACAGUACUCAGAGACGACACUUAGCCACGAGGGGAGUGGUGAAGAGGGAAGCGAGUCAGAGGAAGAUGAGGUCGAGGAGCCUGUGCAGUCGUCUAGUGGCACAUCUGUUCUAGAUGCCUGCACGGAGAACCCAUGUGCUAAUGGUGGCACAUGUGUUGAGAGUGGAUCCACCACCAAGUGUCUCUGCCUACCAACCUAUGGAGGGGAUUUCUGCCAGAUAGACAUGGAGCACUGUGAGCCGGGCUGGGAGAAGUUCCAGGGCUUCUGCUACAGACACUUUGUGAAGCGCCAGAGCUGGGAGGUUGCGGAGCAGCACUGUCGCAUGUGCGGGGGCCACCUGGUGUCAGUCAUGAGCCCAGAAGAGCAGAAUUUCAUCAACGAUAGGUACAGGGAAUACCAGUGGACCGGGCUCAACGACAGGACAAUCGAGGCAGACUUCCGCUGGUCUGAUGGAAAUCCUCUGCUUUAUGAGAACUGGUACCGCGGGCAGCCCGACAGCUACUUCCUGUCUGGGGAGAACUGUGUGGUGAUGGUGUGGCAUGACGACGGGCGCUGGAGCGACGUGCCCUGCAACUACCACCUCUCUUACACCUGCAAGAAGGGCAUCGCCUUCUGUGGACAGCCCCCUACUGUCCUAAAUGCAAAGAUGUUUGGCAAGCGGCGCCUCCGCUAUGAGACCAACGCCAAGGUGCGCUACUACUGCGAGGAGGGCUACCUCCAAAGGCAGAACCCAAUCAUCAAAUGCCUCCCCAACGGCCAGUGGGAGGACCCUCAGAUCACCUGCACAUCAGCCUCCCCUGAGUCUCCGGCCAUUGUGUCGACAACUGUGGGUACGGAGGUGAUGGUGGAGGACACAACGACAGAGAAGGCCUCGCCACAGUUUUGGGACAUCAAGUGGAGCUUCUAAGAAUCUCACAGGAACCCAACAGAACUUCCUCAUCCAUAAUCCAUUGUCAUCCCAAGACCCAGGAGAUCCUCAUCCAUCACAUAGUCAGAAGCCUCACUGUCACCCAGCGUUUUUAGCAUUCUUGAAAACUGCACAACUUCUUCUAUCACCAGCAAUAUACAGACCACAGGAUUACACAUUGUAUAUUUCCCCAUGACACGGAAUUACAAAAUUUUUCGUAAUUCUAAGAUAUCAGUCACAACACAGCAGUUAGUGACUCGUUUGCUAAUUUGUUCACUCACAAGAUGUUUAGCUGAUAGAAGACACAAUUUAAAAAAAAAGAAAAACAUCUGAAAAUCUCAGUUUAACGUGUUCCAUAUCUGGGAGAAUGGGUUUUCUUAAUCCUAAACUGCCAUACAGGUGCUAAGGCAAUGUUAGCCAUGCUGAUACAGCACAACGAGAGCAUGAGCUCCCAAUCUCAGCCGGUGCAACUCUAAUUAAACAACUCCAUUAUUACAUCUCUGUUUUAUUCUACAUUCCAGAAUGGAGAUUUCUGAUUCCAUUCUUCAGCCUGGUUUUGUUCCCCCUCUCCCUCAUGUUUCUACCAAGUCAUCAUCUCUAUCUGGUGCUGUUAUUCAGGUCUGUCAGAAGCUGAGGCUGAUACCAGGUCUACUGCUGUAUGUAAUUAUCAGUUUUGAUUGACUAACAUGCAAGAGACAGCAGAACCAAGACACUGUAGUGUUGUUGUUUGUUAUUGUUAUUGUUGUUGUUGUUAUUGUCCAUAGAUGGGUUUUGAAAACAAGUCAAGACAAAAAGAGAAUGACCUAAAAUGCACUCAAUUUUUUCUUACGUGGAGGUGUUUCUUGAAAACACUGUGACACAUUCUAAUGACCUUUAAAAACAUAUUUUCCUGUUGUGUUUCACCUAACCUGAAAUCCUGUUUUCUAUUUAGUCCUGGUAGAAAUGAAUGAUAACAUGAACUGUAUUUCCCCCACUCUCUCUAGUUCUGCAAUGCUUUGAAAUUCUUUUUUUUAGGUUAAGGUCACCUAAAAAACAAGAAAAAAUAAACAUCUAACACUCAUUCAAGCUUUCCUUGACAUGUUUAUGAGUUGAAAUUAAAUUGAAUCAUAGAUUAUUGUAGAUUACAUUUUUUAACCCACUAACUAAACUUUUAACUAAACUAAAGAUUUUUAGCACUUUCCUAAUUAUAUAAUAAAUUCUGUCUUCUUAUGCUCAUGUAUUCUUACCUUUAUUAUUUUUACUUUAAAAGUUAAAGGUCAUCUGUAGAGUUGACCUCUACAAAGGCUAACAACAGUUUAUAUUUAGUUAGCUGUCAGGGGUGCGUUUCCCAAAAGCAUAGUUGCUAACCUGUUAGCAACUUAGUUGGUUUGCAAUGGGAAAUUGCAUUGCAACCAACAAAGUUGCUAACUUAGUUAGCAACUAUGGUUUUGGGAAACGCACCCCAGCAUUGUGGGAAAAUAUUAAUGAGUAUGUAAUUGAGCUGUGCUCCAAUUACAUCUGUAUCUGUAACUGUGAAUUUAAAUAAAAUACAUUUACAUCUAAAUACAUUUAAAUAAAAUCAAGCCAUUAGGUGCCAUCUGGUCUAUGGUACCCACAAUUUAAAGCAUACAGCUUGUUCCAGGAUUUCAUAACUGAAUAAAGGAAGUCAUCUUUUACUAACAA